CUGGAGUUGCUCCACAUCCCAACGCAUGCGACGUUCUCGCUGCCGACGUUCAUCUUUCGCUUGAAGCCCGGAACUUCCUCGCCAUGCGGAGCUUUCAUGGAGGUGCUUUGAGGCAUUUGAGGGCUCGUGGCCUCGCAACCGAUGUCUUUCAGCAGCAGCACUUCAACUUCCCUAAGGCCUACGAGAUCAUCGGGCAGCGCACCCUGAAGAACCCCAGCCGGAAGACGGAGAUCAUCUGCACCAUUGGACCCAAGUCCUGGGACCCCGAGGUCCUGGCUGGCUUGAUCGAUGCGGGGAUGAACACCGUCCGCUGCAACAUGUCCCACGGCGACCACGCCGAGCAGACGAUGAAGUUGCAGAACUUGGAGAAAGCUUAUCAGCUUCGACCCGAGGCUGCAGGGACGAUCAAGGUCCUCAUGGACACUCGUGGCCCCGAGAUUCGCACCGGCUACUUCGAGGUCUACAAUGAGAAGAAGAAGCCGGACUCCUCAGGGGCGGCCAUCCCGGGCGGGCUCAGGGUGGCGCCGACUGCUGGCACAUUCGGGACCCCUCCAUUGGUCGGGAAGUUGAAAGCGGGACAAUCCUUUCGACUCCUCACGGACUAUAGCGUGAAAGGCGAUGAGACUCAAGUGGCGAUCACCUACAAAGAACUUCCGCAGGAUGUUGCCCCGGGUCAACAUAUUUUACUGCAAGAUGGAACUGUGAUCUUGGAGGUCACCGGCACCGGGCCUGACUACGUCGACACCAAGGUCUUGAACGAUGGGCGCCUGGGGGAGAAGAAGAACGUGAAUGUGCCCGGCGUGAAGAUCAAUCUUCCCGUCGUCGAUGAGCGUGAGAUCCAUGACAUUGUCAACUGGGCCAAGCCGCACAAGGCGCAUUACAUUGCCUUGAGCUUCGUUCAGUCGGCCCAAGAUAUCCGUGAUUGCAGGAAGCACUCCGCGGCCGACACGAAGAUCAUCGCGAAGAUCGAGAACGUGGAGGGCCUGCGGCAUUUUGAUGAGAUCCUGCGGGAGGCCGAUGGAAUCAUGGUGGCCAGAGGUGACUUGGGCAUGGAAAUCCCCAUCGAGCGGAUUUGGAUGGCCCAAAAGAUGAUGAUCAAGCGAUGCAAGGAGGCAGGGAAGCUGGUGGUGACCGCCACAGAGAUGUUGGCCUCCAUGGAGGACAAGCCCUUCCCGACGCGUGCGGAAGCCUGUGACGUGGCCAAUGCAGUGUUGGACGGCAGUGACAUGGUGAUGCUGAGUGGCGAGGUGGCCAAUGGGGCCUUCCCCGUCCAGACCUGUGCCAUGAUGCGGAGGAUCAUUGAGGAGGCGGAGCAUGCCCUAGAACUGGACUCCUCCCACAGCGUCUUUACCUGACCAAUGGCCCCGCCGUUCGUGCGAACGGCUGGUGCCGUGAAUUUUCGGCGGCUUCGCCUUUGAAACAGGGAGGCUGUUUGACCGGUGAGGUCAGAGUGUGAGGAC